GUCGCAUCCGUUCGCGUGUUUGUUAAUAUAUAUUUUUUGAUAAUGUUUUAUCUUAUGAUAUAAUUAUCAAUAUAAUACUGGUAUAUAUUUAGUCUAUAAUAAAAUUUGCUCAACUGGUUGAAGGGGCUACAGCGAUUUAGACAAUGGCAAAUUUGUUCAAUGACAAGUUAUCUACCUUAAAUUCGCACGAGCUAUUUUAAUGUGCAAGAUUAAAAUCGCAGAAGAAUGACGGAAAACUAUAACUCUAGUUUGGAUUAUUACAUAAAUGAGACCCAGUGGCAGUGGGGUGAGCUGCCUGGCGUGGACCCAACUGUCCACUACCUGGUAGGGACCAUGCUGGCGAUGGUUGGGACCUUUGGUGCCUUUGGAAACGCCCUAGUACUGGUUGUCUUCACCAGGUUCCGCCGACUCCGUGGACCGUUCUCUGCCUUAGUAGUGAACCUCGCUGUCGCUGACCUCUGUACGUCUUUUCUACACUCCAUGGCUGUCACGUCCUCGUUCUACAACCGAUGGGUGUUCGGUAGACUGGGGUGUGAGUUGUACGCCGCCGGGGUCGGCCACUUCGGCCUACUGUCCAUCGUCACUCUGGCAGCCAUUGCUGUAGAGAGGUACCUCGUCAUCACAAGCAGACCACUGUCUAAGAGUUGGAAGAUUACGCAGUAUAGCUCCAAGAGUGUGUGUGUGCUGACCUGGGUCUACUGUCUGGCGCUCUCCGUGCCACCCCUGCUGGGCUGGUCAAGGUACGUCCUGGAGGGCCUCCACACAUCCUGCUCCUGGGACUACACGUCUAGAACACCGGCCAACAGAGCCUACUACAUCUACCUCCUGGUCUUCGGGUUCAUCGUGCCUGUCGGAGUCAUUACAUAUUGCUACGUCUUCAUCAUGACCACCAUACUGGCACACAGUAGAGGAGUCUCUACCAAGAUAGAUGAGAGUGUAACUUUACAACCCAACAUGGUCAGUGGCGAGCACGUCGAUGUAGGACAUCCCCUCGCCUCGUCUUUCCGCACAGCAGAGAUCAUCUUAGUGUUGGUCGUCUUGUUUCUCAUCUCCUGGACCCCUUACGCCUUAGUUACGUUGGUUGCGCAGUUUGGCGACCAGAAGCUUAUAACUCCCUGGGUAGCCGCUCUCCCUGCGUUCUUUGCCAAGGCGUCUGUGGUGUACAACCCCAUAGUGUACGGGUUGUCACACCCUCACUUCAGGAGCGCGGCGCGGAGGUUCCUCCGUCAUUGGUGGGCCGGGUCCUCCUCUUCCCUCACACUCACCUACUCUCAUCAUCUCACUCUCAACAAGAUCCGUGUGGAGCGUGCAGCAGCCUCUAGUCCCGGCAGCGCUCGCAGGUUGAGUCAUGUUGCCCCCCGUGACGUCAACAUCGACCCUGAGUGCCAUAGUGAGCCUGGACCAAGAGAAAAGACAGUGUUGAUGACGGAGGCAACGUCCCACUGGACUGGUCGUAUGAAGUUGACUACCAAACCUAAGCCUACUGUAGACAAUGUUCUAUGUGUUUCCACAGAAAAGACAGUGUUGAUGACGGAGGCAACGUACCACUGGACUGGUCGUGUCAAGUUGACUACCAAACCUAAGCUUACUGUAGACAAUGUUCUAUGUGUUUCCACAGAAAAGACAGUGUUGAUGACGGAGGCAACGUACCACUGGACUGGUCGUGUCAAGUUGACUACCAAACCUAAGCCUACUGUAGACAAUGUUCUAUGUGUUUCCAGAGAAAAGACAGUGUUGAUGAUGGAGGCAACGUACCAAUGGACUGGUCGUGUAAAGUUGACUACCAAACCUAAGCUUACUGUAGACAAUGUUCUAUGUGUUUCCACAGAAAAGACAGUGUUGAUGAUGGAGGCAACGUACCACUGGACUGGUCGUGUCAAGUUGACUACCAAACCUAAGCCUACUGUAGACAAUGUUCUAUGUGUUUCCAGAGAAAAGACAGUGUUGAUGAUGGAGGCAACGUACCAAUGGACUGGUCGUGUCAAGUUGACUACCAAACCUAAGCCUACUGUAGACAAUGUUCUAUGUGUUUCCAGAGAAAAGACAGUGUUGAUGACGGAGGCAACGUACCACUGGACUGGUCGUGUGAUGUUGACUACCAAACCUAAGCUUACUGUAGACAAUGUUCUAUGUGUUUCCAGAGAAAAGACAGUGUUGAUGACGGAGGCAACGUACCACUGGACUGGUCGUGUGAAGUUGACUACCAAACCAAUGCGUGGACAUGGUUAUCGCCAUCACCACUACAGCUCUGGCACACCCUCAGUCCUUGAGGGUAGUGUGGGACUCACCAGUUCUGGUAUACCCACUAAAAGCACCUCCCCCCUCCACUCACUUAUGUGGGAGGGCGAUCACAGCGAGAUGACACGUCUCUGCUGCCGGAAUGAAUCUUGGAGUAUCUGA